AUGGAUGUGGAUCCUGCAUUCGAACCUCGAACUCAAAGACCACCUCCACCUUUAGAGCUAUCAGUGGACAGCGAGACACCCCAGUCCAUUCUCGCCAAAUGGGAGUCUGUCAUGGCGACCGAGAUCAAGUUCUGUGGUGAGGUCCUACAACGUCAUUCUUGCCGUCGGGUGUGUCACAAGUACGGAAAUGAAGAUCAGUGUCGAUUUCUCUUCCCUCAUGAAGUUGUUGAGGCAUCGUAUUUUGAUGCAGAGAGCAAUUCUGUGGUACUCAUGUGCAGAGACAGCAUGGUCAACUACUUUAACCCAUACAUUCUCAUUUUUUGUAGGCAUAAUCAUGAUCUUAAGUCGAUAUUGUCUGGCAAAGCCGCGAAGGCUGCUAUGUUUGACAUCACGGACUACAUCACCAAAAUGGAUUUGAAGACUCACAAAUUGCUGUCCUUGAUG